UCACUCCCGCCUCUUUACAGGCGGGGCGCACAGAGAGGCGCCGAGACGUCAUUUCCUGUCAGGGACGGUAGCAGAAGUGUGAGCAGCGUGUGUGAACAAGGAGAUAGCAGAAUGCCUAAAUCAAAGGAGUUGGUGUCUUCAAGCUCAUCUGGAAGCGAAUCAGAUAGUGAGGUUGACCAGAAGGCAAAGAGAAAAAAGCCAGCUCCUCCACCAGAGAAGGAGAAGCCAACAAAGAAACAGAAGACAGGAGGAGAAAGUUCUAAGUCAUCUGCCAAACAAAGCAGCAAAGAUCCAGAAGAUAACAUGUUUCAGAUUGGUAAAAUGAGAUAUGUCAGCGUUCGGGACUUCAAAGGAAAAGUUCUCAUUGACGUCAGAGAAUAUUUCAUGGAUCAGCAAGGAGAAUUGAAGCCUGGAAGGAAAGGUAUCUCAUUAAAUCCGGAGCAGUGGAACCAGCUGAAGGAACAGAUGUCCGACAUUGACAAUGCAAUAAGAAAACUGUAACCUCCAUCCACUGGCACCACAACCUCCAUGUUUUAGUUUUAAGCACUCUUUUUACAUUUGCCGUAUUUUUUUUGUUUUCUACUUUUGUUUUACAAGCUCUUGUACAGUUUGGAUUGCAAAACAAUUUGUAAGAUGACGCAUUUUUAUGUGCAUUAAAAUUGGUCCGAUUUUGAUUUAAAA